AUGCUAGGAAGGAGAGCGGCGGCGGCGGCGGGCAAGGAGGAGCAACCGGGCCGCAGGCCAUGCUGCAAUGUUGGACUGGAGCUGGAAAUUGUUCUCCUACGAGACUCGAGUAACGAAAGUAACGAGAGAGCCCGAGGCGCUACGGCUGCUCAGACCGGGCUCGCUCUUUCCUCCCGUCUGCUUCCUUUCCUUCUUUCCGUCUUCUUCCUAAAGUGCCCUCGCUCUCACGCCUUUGCGAUUCGAGAGAUCCAUCCUCGCUCGCUAUUAGCCUUGCGCUUUUGCACAGGCCACCGUGCAGCAUUAAGACGGGAUGGCGGGAGGAAGAGGGAUGCUGCGAAAAAGAAGAGGGCCGGGAAGGAGGGGCGCCUGCACCUUGCGACCCAAGGUACCGUGCACAGAGGGCCAGAAGACACGGUCACCGCCUGGAAUUCCCCGUCUUUUUGCACAGCUUGCUGCAGAGAUAAGGAGCAUCCGCACCUGGUCGCACAACGAGGCGCAAGCACGGCCCAAGGCACGUUCGAAGCCAUGAUCCUGCAGUGCUUUCCUGACUUUCCUCAGUACACUUGCUUGUAUUACCCUCAGAUACGUCCUCACUGCCGCACAUUUGACGUCCAGAUAUCCUCAACACUUACGGACAACAUCGUACCGAAACGGUACAUCUGGAUACUGUGGUACGACAUGGCCGGAGGGCCUGCGUACAGCGCGCGCAGCUCACUUUUGCAUCCCAGUAACACCUCACAGUGA